AUGUCCUUUCUCGGCGUGGUGCGUGCGCGGGUCUGUGCCGCUGCGCGCCCGAGCGUGUGCCGCGCGCUGCAUGCGACGCCAGUAUUCACCCCCCCCUUGAUGCUGAAUGGGAUCGAGUACAAGACGGACGAGACGACCAACAUCCCCGCGUCGAUCUUGCGCCGCGUCCAUCCGGCGCCGCAGCUGCCCUACCAAGCGAGCCAGCCGUUGAUGCUGCUGCGCAACGAGAUCCAGCGUAUCAUGGGCGACAACUACACACCAAUCCGUGCGCCGUCGCCUGUCGUCUCGAUGGAGCUCAACUUUGACGAGCUGGGCUUUCCCAAAGACCACCCCGGCCGCCAGCCGUCCGACACGUACUUUGUGAACAAGGACACGUGUCUGCGUACGCACACGUCCGCGCACCAGAUCGGCACAUUCCGUGAAGGCAACGCGCGCUGGCUGCUGACCGCUGACGUGUUCCGCCGCGACGAGAUCGACUCGUCGCACUACCCCGUCUUUCACCAGAUGGAAGGCGCGAGCGUCUGGACGAAGGAUGCAUACGCCCCCGGCGGCGAGGUCGAGCGGGAGUGCGAAGCGAUGGAGGCGCAGCUUGCCGCGUCGCAGAUGGAGAUCAGCGACGAGGUGUCGCUCGACGAGGCCGGCGGCUGGCAAGCCGUGCACGCGUCCGAGUCUCCGGAAGCGGCAAAGCUCGCCGUGCGCCACCUCAAGGCGACGCUCAACACGCUCGUCUACGGCCUCUUUCAGCCCCGCUGGGCGCACGAGUCGGACAGCGACGAGCCGCUCAAGGUGCGCUGGAUCCCCGCCUUUUUCCCCUUUACCUCGCCGAGCUACGAAGUCGAAGUAUGGUUCCGCGGCCGCUGGCUCGAGAUCCUGGGCUGCGGCGUGGUGCAGCAGCCGAUCCUGAACCAGGCCGGCGUGCCGGACAAGAUGGGCUGGGCGUUUGGCCUGGGUCUCGAGCGCAUCGCCAUGGUCCUCUUUUCCAUCCCGGAUAUCCGCCUGUUUUGGUCGGAAGACAAGCGCUUCCUGAACCAAUUUGCAAACGCAAGCGGCACGCUUAUGACGUUCAAGCCCUACUCGAAAUACCCCCCGUGCUACAAGGACAUUUCGUUCUGGGUCCCUGCGCAGUUCCACGAGAACGACCUGUUCGAGACGGUGCGCGACGUCGCCGGCGACCUUGUCGAGGACGUCGCAUGCAUCGACAACUUUACCCACCCCAAGACCAAGCGCGAGAGCCGGUGCUACCGCGUAAACUACCGGAGCAUGGACCGCAACCUGGAGAACGAGCACGUGAAUGCGCUCCACGCCGACGUCCUCGAGCGCCUCCACACGCGCUACGCGCUGGAGAUUCGGUAG